AUGUCCUCAGGGGUUGACUCGUCAGUGGCUGCUGCUCUGUAUUCAAAAGAAUACAAGAACUGUACUGCUAUCUUUAUGGAAAACUGGAGUCAAUCGGAUACUUCGAGAUGUCUUGAACAGGAUUGGAAAGAUGCUCAAGCAGUUGCACAACAGUUAGAUUUACCUAUUGAAAAGACAAAUUUCCAAAAAGAAUACUGGAUAGAUGUUUUUGAACCAAUGCUUGGUGAAUAUAAUAAAGGUAUCACGCCAAACCCUGAUAUUAAUUGUAAUAGAUAUGUCAAAUUUGGGAAGCUUUUUGAAUAUGUUUCUGAAAAGUAUAAAGAUCAAAAUUGGUGGUUGGUAACGGGACAUUAUUCAAGAAUUCUACAAAGACAAGAUACUGGUGAGCAUCAUCUUAUGAGACCAUAUUAUAAACAAAAGGAUCAAAGUUAUUAUUUGUCACAAAUUGAUCCAUCUGUUAUGAAAAGAAUUUUGUUACCCAUUGGUCAUUUUACUAAACCAGAAGUUCGUGAAAUGGCUGAACAAUUACAAUUAGAAGUUGCCUCCAAACCAGACUCUCAAGGACUUUGUUUCAUUUCACAAGGUGAAGGCAAGUUUAAUAGUUUUUUGAAAAACUUUUUGAAUGAAUCACCAGGUAAUUAUAUCACUGAAGAUGGUAAAAUUUGGGGUAAACAUGAAGGUUUAUGGAGUGCCACGAUUGGGCAAAGAAGUCGCCUUGAAAUGCCUCAAGGAGAUCCUAAAUAUAAAGGAACAUGGUACGUUGGUGCUAAAAACUUUGAAACAAAUGAUAUCACAAUUGUUCGAGGUACUGAUAAUCCAAAACUAUUCAAACAAAUCGUUUAUGUCAAGGAUUUUUAUCCUUUGGAUCCUAAUUAUGACCUUGUAUCCAACGUAUCAAAUCUUUCAGUACAGUAUAGAUCGCUUCAAAAAGCUGAAAAACUUGAUUCAAUCGUCAAGACUGAUGAAGGUGGACUAAUAUUCCAAUUAGGAGAGAAACGGAGAGCAAUAGCACCAGGUCAAUAUUUGGCCGUUUAUGAUGGGGACAGAUGUAUUGGAUCUGGUGUGAUUGAAGCAUCAGAAUGA